AUGUCCACAGCUGAGAGAGCCGCUGCCCGGUUGCACCGCGCCCUCGCGGAUCGGGGAGUCCAAUUUAAGCCGGCGGAGCUGGCGGAGCAGAGGCGCUGCGGCGGCGGCAGACUCGGCGCGGCUCGGGCACCUCUCUUCCUUAUCUCUUACUCAAACUUCUCUGCUCCAACUCAGCUCCAUCGCCAUUGGUCUGACGCAGCGCGCGGGGACGGCUCCCCGAGGCAACUUGCUCGGGGCUCCUCCGCUCUCCCCCGAUGCUCGGGCUGCCCGGCCGCUCUGGCUUUUGGCCUCCCUCUUCUGCUCCUCCUCCUGCCCCCUCCCUUGCUCUUUCCUGGCCGCGCCGCCAGCGCCCUUGCCUCCCGUCGCGCUGCUCCUCCGCCCUGCGCUCCUGGGGUCCCCGCAGUCCGGCUGGCCGUGUUGCGCGCGAGGCUCACUUUUCUGCCGCCGGUAACUAGGAACUGGCAGUUUUUAACUGGACCGGAGUUCUGUGUUGAGCCCAGGCUGGAGCUCAAUAUGCACAAUAUGCCGUCAGAGGUUCUGGCCCAAGGGUGCACUGAACCCUACCUCGAAGCAAAGCCUUCAUUAAAUGUAUUGGAUUCUCAAGCGCGCAGCUGGAGCCUGAGGAGGUGACAAAGCUUUAUCUCCAAAGUUUUGGGCCGUUGGACUGAGAGCUACCACAUGUGCACUGAAUCUAGCAAAACAACCACGGCCCAUCCGAGCUCUUAGGAAACCCAAAACAAGUUAACUCAGUAUAGUUGAUCAAACGAUACCCUUUCUGAAAGAAGUGACACUCUUUCUCCCACUGCAACCCAAGCCAACGGGAAGCUCUCAAUUUAGUGCCUAAGGGAUGAUUCCCACUGCCCGCAGGAGGUUUACUGGGAACCAGCGGGGGAGGGGAGGCGAAGGUACCUGGAGGAGGUCAAGACGAGGUGGAGGAAGAGCGCAGCAGAAAUUUACCAGCCACGCGGAGGAGGGAAGUGGAAGCCGAGAAAUUUACCAGAAUGUCUCAACCUUCCCUUAAGUCUCAGAAUUCAUCGCUCCAGAAACAGCCUCAUAAUACCGUGUCCAGGGCUGGAGUCCUCGGGUGGG